AUCUCCAUAUAUCAUCAAGCUGGUGUCACUCGUGUCAAUUAAAAUGAUAAAAUGUUGGAUUUGUAGGAAAAAAAUGAAAUAAUCAACACUAGACUGCCUUCAGAGUAAUGGCUAAUCUUGUUUCAUCUGACAUGCUGUGUGUUGUGCAAAACGAAAUAUAUAGAAAACGACUGUCUGUCUGCUCUGCAGGAAUGCUAAGGUGGAAUCUUCAAAAGAACAUGGAGACUCAUCCAUCCUGCAGCGUCUUACUGAUCAAAAUACUGGUCAAAGAGCUGGAAAAGAUGCUAAAAAGGUCAGGUGCCAUGACUCCUACCAAGCUUUAUCAGAGAGUAUCCGAGUGUUUGAUGAAACUGCUGAUCUUACCGUUGCCUUACGCUGCUGUGGCCCCGAGCAUUCUGAGGAGCAUCAAGAUGGAAAUGACCACACCAGGCUCCUUAUAUCAGAGGAGAGUCAUUGCAGAGCAGAACUUGAAGAAUAAGCUUUUCACUUUGCAGGAAAAGGUGUUUGUGCUUGCAGACCCAGCUGUGUUUUCUGCUCCACUGGAAGCAACAGUAAUAGCAGACUUGGAGGCGUCCAGCCUGCACAGGGACACACUAUCACAGAAGAAAAAUUUGGUGCUACGUGUGCUGCAGGCGGGGCUGGAGACAGCAUCCCAAAGCUCCAGACUGGUUCAGGCUCUUGGGGCUAUAGAGGACCAUAUGGUAGAGAAAUAUUUCCAGGAAGUGGUCCUAGCUGUGGAGCAGAGUAUAAAGCACAGAGCAGGUGGUCAUGCAGACUAUCUGAACAGACUACAACACAUUUACAGAGACAUUUUGACUGCCUCUAAAGAAGAAAUAACCGAGGUAGAUCAUGGCUCUGUGUGCAACACUGCAAUGCCCUUUCCAGAGAUCAACUUCCUCUUGUGGGACAACGAAGAGGAUCUAUGGAAUCUGCUGGCAAACUUCGCCCUGGGUUCCUCCCUUAACUCCAGUGUUGAUGAAGAAGAGAAGGACAAAAGAGACUUGGUUCACUCUGAAGACAGUGGGAUAGAGAGAGAUCUAAAGGAGAAUGACUUUGAUGACACAGAGCAGCCCACAGACAGAAAUCCUUUUCCAGCAUUCACACGGAGAAAUGCCUUUAAGAGCAUGAAGCCAGCAGAUAAAUUGAGCCUAAUGAGGGAGAGGAUAGAAGCGUUUCUUGGAAACUCUCCUGUGUUUAAAGAAGAGCGGAGUCACACAGCACGGGUGGUGGUAAUGGGGGACGAUCAGGUGCUGGGAAGGCUCACCAGGGCUUAUCAAUCCAUCCGAGAAAGAGAGUCAAAACAUCUUAUUUUGACCAAGAAACUGAACCUACAGUUAUACUAUAUCCCAGUUACUGAUGUGGAGCCUUCACUUAGUUCACCUGACAUCCCAUAUCAACAGGAAGGCAGAUUGUCUCUCGCCUCCUUAUUGGGAAAAGUGGACCCUUGGUAUGACAGCAACAUCAACAGUCUGGGAGCCGCAAUCCCCAAACUUGCUGGAAUGGACUCUAAUCACUGCAAGCCAUCGGAGCGUAACCUCUUCCUACUGGACAGCCUGUGUUACUACCUUCGCUGUGGGAUCCAGCCAGUUAACCUGCCGCUCUACUCUGUUAAGAUGCCCCACUCCAGUUCUGUGGUGGAGGAAGUGUUUGUGUCCCGUCUGGAGGCAGACAUCCCAGAGUUCAGACACCAUAAAGAAAUAUUUUCAAAGGAACGCUCUGCACGCCGAAAGAAGUCAACAGUGGAAGUUUUGGGGGCAGUCAUCUCAGUCAGUUACACAAAGAUCUCUUUAAGCAAGCGAGAAGUUGUGAAAGGAGAGGCACUCAUGACAUGUGGCGUGGUGAUUAAAUCAGAGCCGGCAGCUAUAACAUCAGGUGAGGAUUACCUUGCUAAGAUCCAAACCCGAAAUAUCAGCAUCAAGACAAUGGAGAAUCGAACACUCUCUGUGUGUCUGGACAAAGACUCUCGCAGGACAUAUACUAAUGUUCAACGAUUAGAAAUUUCCCCGUGCUUGGACCCAGUAUGCAGCAUCCAGUCCUGCAAUGAGCAAGAGUCACUGCUGAGCAAGUAUCUGAACAAAGUCCUGUCACUUCCCAUCAACACCUUCACUGGUGUGACGUACUGAGGGACAUCACCUGACUAUUUAAUGUAUACUGACAUUGCAUACUGCUGUACACAAUGCUCUGUCAUGUUGCAUUAAAUUUAGUGUAUUAUUUUUCAUUUUGUUCUUUUGUAUCUGUAUUAUGAAGUGUUACUUUUAUUGUACAACACAAUCUGUUAUAAUUACAGUUUACUUGGGAUGAUUCCUAUAAAGGAUGAGUUCACUGAGGUGCUCAGUUCAUUAGAAAGAGAUGUAGAGUUAUAAGUUUGUAUUGGGAGAACUAAAGCAUCAAAACCAUGUGACGUGAAUUCAUGAUGUGUGCUGAUUCCACUCAAAUUUAAAAAUUUGGUAAAUAAACUGACCCUCAGCUGAA